UGCGUAAUAGCUAAACUUACUAUUAGUUUAAACCCAUUUUCUUCAGUGACAGUUUGUACUUUUUCGUUACCAAAGUCUUAAAAUACAAAUAAAAUCACAAACUCAGAUGCAUUAUCCUGUUGGUUAUAAUCGAUCUCUAAUGGUCAUAAUGUUGAUGGUGUAUAUCAUACGAGUCAGCAGUGGUACGCCGCUGGAAAAACAAGAAUUCCUGGUCACCGCAUCACCAGACCCACAUCCGCGGGUCACCUCGUCGACGACACCGUUCCGGUUUUUGGAGGCCGCGCAGCGUGUGACCGCGGCACUGACGCGGGACACGGCCCGGGUAUCGGACAAAGUGCUGUGGAGCAUUGGCAAGAUGCUGCUGUCGGCCGGCGAGUCUGUUAACUACGUGUUGGACGCGGCACUCAAGGCAUCUGUGCGGCUGCUCAAAGCCGGUGGCGCGGCGUGCGGCUCGAUUGCCGAACGGUUGGCCCACGUCCCGGUCAUCGGGUUCGGUGCGUCCGGCGUCCACGAGGCGGUCGGCGUGGCGGUCAACGCGGUGGCCAGCAACGUGGACCACGAUUCGCUGGUCCGGAGCCAGGCGUUCGCCACGCUCAACGCCAAGCUGAACGAGAGCGGCGCCCGACUGCGGCCGGCCACCGAYGAGGCAGGCGCGCCGGCAUCAGCGACCACGGUUACUGGCCAACAGCAAGGCUCGGUAUCGUUUUUUCCAAUCGGAUAACACAGUCACACGUGCCAAACUGACAUGAAAUAUUCAACAACAUUGUAGGCUUUCUCUGCAUCAUGCGCAUGUGUCACAAUAAUAUGUUAAAUACGCCAGCUAAAUGUCUCGUGCACCACACACGUACUCAACUCCAAUGCUUUAUUUUGGAAAACAAAGUCAUAUGGCUACUCUGAUCACUUCUGAUAACUAAAUGAAAAUUGUGUUCCUCAGCACGUUCAAUAUUAUUAUUCACGUAUUACUUACAGUCAUAUUAUUACAUUUCGUUAUACAUU